AUGAGAUCAUUCUUCAAGUACCUGGCGCUGGCUGCCUUGCCAGCAGCCACCUUGGCUCUUCCAUACCCCUUCAACGUGGCGACACGCACCCCUGCCCAGCAUAACCUUACAUCGACGAGUAUAAUCACCCAGCUUGGCCCAAUGCUGUCCUCCGAUGCUGCAAUCUAUGCGCAUAGCGACGAGCGCUGGGAAAACGCCACAUCACGCUGGCAGUCCUAUUCCAGCCCUGACUUUACCGUUGUGGUGGAAGCCGGAACUGAGGGCGAUGUGGCCGUUAUUGUCAAGUACGCCAAUUCCUAUGGUAUCCCCUUCCUCGCAGUCAAUACCGGCCACGGCGCCCCAAAGACACUAGGCACUCUGCGCAAUGGGAUCGAGAUUUCCCUGCGGCAGCUGGAUGAGAUCACAAUCGCCCAAGACGGAGAAUCAGCAUUCUUCGGCGGCGGUGUUUAUAGCGACCAGGUCAUUCAUACGCUCUGGGACGCCGGAUAUGUUGCUGGCACCGGCAGCUGCGCCUGCGUAGGCAUCAUGGGCCCAACCCUCGGCGGAGGACAUGGCCGCUACCAGGGCUUCUACGGUCUUAUCAUCGACAUGUUAAUUUCGAUGAACGUCGUCCUGGCCGAUGGGUCAACUGUGACUGUAUCCAACAGCUCCCAUCCUGACCUCUGGUGGGCAAUGCGCGGAGCAGGACACAACUUUGGCAUCGUGACCAGCUUCGAGGCCGACAUCCACCCGCGCACUGUGGACGAGUGGUAUAUCCACCGGUUCGUCUUCACGCAGGAUAAACUGGAGUCGGUGUUUGAGACUGUCAAUGCGCAGCAGAUGGCUGAAGAUGCCCCUGUGGAGCUGAUGAACUAUGGUGUCUUUACUUGGAAUGCCGAGUUUAGUACAACAGAGCCCAUCCUCGAAUUCUUCAUCCACUACGUCGGCACCGCCGAGAACGCCGCUCCAUUCCUGCAGCCAUACGAUGCGCUCGACCCCGUCGUCUCAACCGGCCAGUACCACCCAUACCCCGAUGUCCCCGACGCAACAGGCACAGGCGUCCACAGCCCCAUGUGCCAGCACGGUAAAACCAACAUGCAAUUCCCCUUUGGCCUCCUCGAGCACAAUAUCACCGCGACCCGGCAGAUCUACGACUACUUUGCGAAUGUCACGGCCGCGCAGCCGGUCUACAACCAGUCCAUUGUCGUCUUCGAGGCAUACUCGCUGCAGGGCGUGCAGGCUGUUGACCCAGCUAGCUCGGCGUUUCCGCAUCGUGAGGAUAGGUUUCUUUGUGAUGUCCUGAUAACCUACGAGCCAGACAGCUCCCUCGACAACCGGGCCAUCGCUAUCGGAAAGCAGAUCUCGAGGCUCUGGGCCGAGGGCCAGCCAGGCCAGGAGGAGCAUAUCUAUGUCAACUACGCCUUUGGGGACGAGCCUCUGGAGCAAGUGUACGGGUCUGAGCCGUGGAGGCUAGACAGACUCCGGGCUGCGAAGGCGAAAUAUGAUCCGAAUAAUAUCUUUCGAUACUAUAACCCUCUUGUUCGGGGUUCAAAGUGA